ACAGCCCAUAGUGGUCAAUCCGCUCCGCAGCCCGCUUCUCUGUCAAACCAGUCAUAGUAUUCUAAGCAUAAUUGCGUACUAUGUUCUUCCCACAGCACUACACCUCUACCAUCCCACUUUACGGUGGUCGCUGAAAUUCGCUACUCUUUGACACGUCUCGAGUAACUGUGACUCUUUACGUGACCGCCGGUUUUCUGUAUGUGGGCUAGACGCUUGUGGUCUUAGCCGCACCCGGACAUUUCACAGCGUCUGUUGAUCGCUUGAAGCCCAUGUGCUUGUACAGAUUUCGCCGAAACUCUUUCCAGGAGUUAUUUUCCCAGCUUCGUUGACCAUUGAAUCUUCUUACGGUCGUCCGGUCCUUGCUUCAUCCAUCUUGCUUAAAUUAAGCUUGGCUAGCAGGGGCAAUGAACCUCAAACGAGUCAUUAUAGAUUAAAGCGAGGAUGACGUCGAGGCAAGAGCCAUCGAUCGCGACUACUCGCCUUCAAAUAGCAACCGUACGAUCUAGUGAAAGAAGAGACGUUUGACGGUUAAGAUGGCGAAGGUGUAUCAAGCCUGGAAGGGCGACAACAUCUUCUUGUGCUACGGCCGUUACAUCUUUGGCCCGGAUUUCCGCUCGCUGGUGCUCUCAUUCCUGCUCAUCCUCAUACCGGGGAUACUCUUCUGCGUCUUCGUGGCCGCCCAACUCGAUGGGAAGCUUCCAGGAGGCAUCGCGGUGCUGCCAGUUGCAAUAUGCUACAUUGCAUGGAAUCUGUUCAUCCUCCUCUUUACAGCGUGCAGGGACCCCGGGAUUGUGCCUCGGAAUCUAGUGCCGCCUGACCCCGACCCUGACAUGCUGGAGGCGAUGCGCUUGCAGGGCGCGGGCGUGGGGGGAGGUUCAGUCUGCCCAGGACCAGGGAUGUGGAGAUCAACGGGUUCAGAGUGAAAGUCAAGUACUGCGACACGUGUCUGCUCUACAGACCCCCCCGCUGCUCGCACUGCAGCGUCUGCAACAAUUGUGUGGAGAGAUUUGACCACCACUGCCCGUGGGUGGGGCAGUGCAUAGGCAAGCGCAACUACCGCUUCUUUUACGCAUUCACCACGACCACCACGCUGCUCUGCCUGUUUGUCUUCGCCAUCUGCGCCCUCUACAUCAAGCUGCUCGUCGACAACGCCUACGAGCCCGGCGGAGAGCCCAGGACUCUGUGGCAGGCCAUGGCAAAAGCUCCGGUGGCCGUGAUUCUAAUGGCGUACACGUUUGUGGCGGUGUGGUUCGUUGGAGGGCUCACGUUUUCCACACAUUCCUCAUGGCAACCAACCAGACCACUUACGAGAAUUUCCGAAUGCGCUACAAGCGAAAGAACAACCCCUACGACCUUGGCACGCUGCGCAACUUCCAGGAAAUUCUCUGCGGCCGGAUCCCUCCAUCCAAGAUCGAUUUUCAAGCCGAGGCUCCCCAGCCUGCCAAGCCCCCUGGGGCGACUUCCACCGUCUCUGCUGCUGCUGCUGCUGCUGCUGCUGCUGCUUCAGGGGCAGCUGUUGCUUCUGCUGCUGUUACACCUGUUACCGCUGCAGACGCAGCUGCUACGGCUGCGCUGGAUGCCAGCAUGGUUACUGUUAACGGCGCUGUAACGGUUACCGGGUCUGGAUAUGGGAAAUCAGAGGUGGAUAGAAUUAAAAGUGCUGCUGCUGCUCCUGCUGCUGCUGCUCCUGCUGCUGCUCCUCCUGCUGCUGCUGCUGCUGCUGCUGCUGCUGCUGCUGCUGCUGCUGCUGCUGCUGCUGCUGCUGCUGCUGCUGAUGCUGCUGCUGCUGCCUCUGUUGGGGGUGCUGACAGUAGUGCUGCUGCUGGUGGGUGGAUCACCGAUGAGGGCGUGGGAAGCUCGUCAUCCGCGUUUGAAGCAGCGUACGCAGCCCUGCUGGCGCAAUACGCGCGGCAUGGAGCGGGUGGUGAGGAGGAGGAGGAGGAGGAGGAGGGUGCUGGGGAUGAGUGGUCCCCUCUGGAAUCAGCCCCUGCUGAACCAUCUGCUGCGUCGCUCUCUACUGCCCCUGCUCCUGCUUCAGCUCAGGCUAGCAGCGCCUUGCACUCGGACACUCACUUUCUAGGUGCUUCCUUCCCUCUAACACCUUCAUCUCCAGCAGCAGACGCUGCCGCAGCAGCAGCAGCAGUAUCACCAGCAGCAUUGUCAACAGCACCACCACAACCAGCAUCAUCACCAUCAGCAACAGCAGGGGCAGCACCAGCAUCAUCACCAGCAGCAGCAGCAGCAGCAGCAGCAGCAUCACCAGCACCAUCAGCAUCAUCACCAGCAGCAGCACCACCACCACAGGCAGAGCCAGAACCAGAACCAACAUCAUUCCCAUCACCAGCACCAUCCCCAUUACCAGCACCAUCACCAUCACCAGCAGCAUCACCUGCUCCACCUGCAGUGGCAGCAGCAGCAAGUGCAGCUGCUGCCCUACCAUGCGGCAUCCUCCUAUCAGCCUCGCAAGGAAUCACCCGACCCUCCUCCCGACCCUCCUCUCGCCAUGCCUCGCCAUCCCCAAGGCUCGGUUCUCGCCGAGCCUCCCCAUCUAGAGGCUCCAGUGGGUGUUCUCCCCUCAGGGGGGUGUUUUCUUCGCCGUCCAGCAAAAGCCUUUCUUCUGGGUAUGAGCUAGUGGAGGCUGUGGCAUUUGCUGAUGAUGAUGGUGGAUUGGGAGCUGAUAAUAUUAUUCGUAACAGUGCUCUGGGCAGAGCAGCAGAUAGGUAGGAGUUUUGUUAUAAGCGAAUGGAUAAUAUGCAUCUGAAGCUGGUUUUGUGUAGAUUGGUGUUGAGUUAGUUUCUGUAUAGAUGCUGCUUUCACUAAGCAAAAUCUGCAUU